GAACGAAGUUUAAAGGGAAACCCGGGCCGUCUGCUUAUUUUGCCGCCAUUUUUGGCAGUAAUGGUAUGGAAGUUGUUCCAUUCCGACGGCAUCUUGGAAGAGGUCCUCAAGUUUGCGGUCUCGAGAAUUUAAUAAUAUGGCUCCUGUGGGUCUAUCACCAACGUGUGUUACUAUGCACCAGCAAGAAGAGCGGGACGCGCAGGCGCAGCCCACGUCACCGGCACGGCAGACCGUCGACAUCUGCUGCGACGCACAGACCAAGAGAAUCAAAAUAAUUAUACGACGGUUGUCCACGAGUAAUGAACUGGCAUCUCCCUGGGAUCAGAGAACCGGCACAAAACGGAAAACCAGUCCCACCGAAGACUGUCAAUUUAUUUCCCCAAAGAAACCCAGGCCGUCUCCAGACUCGAAGUUCAUCAACCACACGGACUGGAAGGCCGAGAGCGAUCUGUGGGUCCCGGAGCUAGGACUCCGAGCCAAAGACCGAGUUCUCCUCACAGACGGCGAGUGGCUGACCGACAACCACAUCGUGGCGGCCCAGCAGCUCUUGCACCGUCAGUUCCCCGCUUUGGAGGGUCUUCAAGAGCCGGUCCUGGGGAAUGUGCUGCAGUUCAAACCCAUCGUCUCGGACGGAAUCCAGGUGAUUCAGAACGGCAGCAACCAUUGGGUCACGCUCCGUAAGCUCGGGGAGAAAGUCAAGGUGAUGGACAGCAAGAACAUGGGUCUGACGCGGCAGCUGACCCAUCAGGUCAUCAACUUGUGCGGUGUUGUUGAUAGCAACAACGAUGAUGACGAGGCCGGUAACGGGACGCUGGAGGUGCGCUUGCCGAGAAUGCACCGGCAGCGCGGCUCCAGCGACUGCGGUGUCUUCGCCGUGGCCUACGCCACCGAGAUGGCGUUCCAGGGCAACCCGGAGCUGGUGGUCUACGAGCAGAAGAGACUGCGACGGCAUCUGGAGGCGUGUCUCGAGUGCCGGGAGAUGAAGCCGUUCCCCAAGAAGGCAUGCAAGGAGAGGACGGCCAGGGAGAUCGGGGAGAGGAUGCAGGUAGUCCAGAGAAUAAAUCCACAGCAUCUCUCAACAAAUGCAGAGCCUGUUGGACAUCAGCGUUCCACUUGACGACACCACCGUUCCGAUUCCCAACAUUGCUGUGACAACGGAAAAGGAUAAUUCGAUUAAUACGAGUUAAAAACCUCCGCCGGUCCACUUACCCACGAUUGACGCUUUAUAGCCCAAUCCCGUCGUAUCGAUUUAUCGAUUCCAGUGUCGUUUUAUCAAUACCGGGCUUUGGUCUUGGGUACAGCGAAGCGAAAUGGAAUUUAUUGAAAAAUCGAUCAUUUUGACAGGGAUUAGGGAGGCAAUGAUAAUGCAGGCGUGGGACAAAACACGGUUAAUCCCCUGCGCAACAUAAAUCUUUGAUCAAUGGAGAAAGUUGGAUGCUUAUCUGGUAAAAAAAAAAGCCCAAUAGAAUCUGGUAUGAACCUCUAUAGUGGGCCAGCUGCACGCAAACAGAACUAUCUGCGCUGCUGGGCUAGUACAUGUUGGGCCUUACUAAGCUGCGAUUCUUCUUGAAACACUUUUUAGUCGUGUGCUUCCUAACCGUGUGAAACCUCAACUUCUAAGAAAAUUCAGCCCGAUUGUGAUCCUGAAAAAAGUUUCUCUUUUGCCAAUUGUACCACCGAAAUCCUGAUGAAGUUCGAGGAAGAUUUCUGAAUU